AUGCUUGCAGAGUCCACGAAUUAUGCUAUAGGCGAUACAGAAUCAGAAGAUUCUGACCCUGAAGAUGAGCACACCUCAGAGCCAGAAUCAGAGUCUGAAAAUACACCAAGUCCGGAACCUCAGACUUCAUCGUCUCAGCCUAGCCCUAAAAAUGAUGACUAUAACCCUUUCAAGGGACAAAUAGCAGAAAUUGAUUCAAUGUUAGCUGGUCCAUCAUCAAUAUGCGAAAAAUUUAGCAAAGUGCCAAGUCCGAAGCAGGCCGAAGAUGCUUUGCAUAAUAGU